AUGCAGCGGAAGAAAAACAAGGAGAUCCAUAAUGCAGUGGAAAGACAUCGUAAAGAGAAAAUCAAUGCUGGUAUAAAUCGGAUUGGAGAACUUUUGCCUUGCUCUCAGGCCUUGAAACAGAGUAAAAAUAUGAUUCUGGGAGAGGCUUUUCGUUACAUCACUGAGCUAAAGCGACAAAAUGAUGAAAUGCUGCUUAAUGGAGGAGACAAAGUCCAAGCAGAAGAGAUAAAGCGCUUACGGCACCAGCUGGAGGACCAGCGCAAGGAAAGUGUUCAUUAUAUUGAACUCCUCAAAGCUAAUGGCAUCAAUUUCCUGGAUGACCCCACUAUACACUGGAAAGGGAAGCAGCGCUGUGCAAAAGUAGCCAAAGUCACUCCAACUCACUUGAUGUCAAAGGGAAUAAUUGUCUACUCCAAUGACAACAACUUCUGUCCCGCAAGCAAAGUCUCCAUUCCACCAAAUCCGGUUUCUCAUCUUGAUAAACAACCGGCAAAUGAUGUAACUGUCCAACCUGCAUGUGAUAUUACAUUGGGUACGGGUCAGUCUGUUGGUAUUGGAGCACCAGUAAAUAAAGUUGUAGUCUCCUCUGCUUCUUCCCACAUACCUGUAGCAACUGUUAUUCCUGCUGUAUCAAAGCCAUGUCUUACAGUCUUGGAACAGUAUUCUCCUCUGGUGCCUGCUACUCCAAGAUUAAACCCUCCUAUGAAUUAUAUUACUCUUCAAGGUGUAUGUCCACAGCCUAUUGUCAGCACCCCAGUCCCUCCACAACUUCAACCAGAUAACCCAAUCCCCAGUCUCACUUCUGCUACCUGUCCGACCACACCUCUCAGACUUCAGCAUAUGCUUAGCCUAUCUUCACUGCCUCAAGUUGUGAUCAGUAACUCAGUGGUUCCUGUUGCUGCACCUACUGAAAUCCAGUCUGUUAGCACUAUCUUACCAGCAAGCUCUACCCUUUUUAGAACCAGUGCAGCUAGUAGCACUCAGACUACAUGGACAACACUACAGCUUGCAGGAAAUACAGUUCAACCUGUCUCUCAGGCACUCGUCACAGAUGGUGCCAGCAUUUCACAUAACCCUCAGCAACUUUCUGUAUGUUCAGCUGGGACAAAACACCUUGAGGAGCCUGCUUCUAUCCAUUUGCAACCACGGGCUCCUGUGCAACUGCAAGCCCCAACACCAACAUGUAUUCCUUUUCAGCCAUCUGGGCCAAGACCUCAGAUAUAUUCAGCAGUUGUGCCAUGCCCUCAGAGAGCAGUAGCACAACAGUCUUCAAUUUUAUCAGUGCCAGCCAUUGUAUCCCAAACCGUAGUGGUCCAUCAGCCUGUUGAAACACAGACAGCACAGUUGACCCAUCCACAAUCAUCUGUUCGGGCACAACCUGCAUUAUUACCAAAACCUCAACUCAACUCUGCUCUGAUGACCACCUGCAACCCCACCCUACAACCUAAAACUCCAGUUCAGCCUGCUCUGCCGUGCCAGCCUCAUUCCCAAUCUACAGUGGUGCCCCAAGCCCAGUCUGCCGUUGUGCCUCAACUGCAUCUCAGUGUGGUGCCUCAAGCUCAGCCAAUCAUAAAUCCACCAACUCAGCCUGCCCUUGUGCCUCAACCACAAGCUGCCACACUGCCAGUGUUACAGACAAUGCAGUUAUUGCAGGUGAAUUCUGAGGAAACACCAGUUGCUGUGACCUCCUCUCCUCCAAGUAACUCACAUGUUGUUAUUCUGCAACAGGGAGGCUCAUGUACAGCACCACAGGUUCUCAGAGAGGAUGUCACUAGUCAGACACCCUGCCAGCACAUUGUCAUAAUUCAGGCACCUACUUUGACACCUGCACCACAGAGUCAUCACACUGCCAUUGUGUCAACUGCAACCCCAACUUUAUCCAGUCAAACGACCACUUCAAACCCUACCUGUACAGCUAGCAUGCAGGCAGCUGGUACAAAGCAGUUGGUACAUAUUCUUCCACGGCCCUCAACCCAAUUGCAAGCACAAGCACCUCAGACUAUCACUGUGAAUGGACAAGUUUAUGUUCUGCAGCCGGCAAAGUCACCAGAUAAGGUAAACUCUCAAUCUGGUCAAAGUGUAACUCAGAUACUUCAGUCCACCUGUGAGGAAUCCACCUCCAAUGUUGCCAUGAAUUGUUUAGGUGCUCUAACUAAUCUUAGUCAGAGCAUUUCAAAGGUCUCAAGUCAAAGCAAUGUUCAGAUAUACUCCAUUACUCCACCUUCGUACACUACUGUGCAACGUCUUCCAACGUGUGGUUCAGAAGUCAACACUUCUACUGAAAUUGUUCUUUCCUCCUCUGUACCUGUACCAUCAACUGCUGCUGGCAGUGCAGUUAAAAUUAUGCCAAAGAAAGGUUGUGGGACUUCUGGAAAUCAAACCAGACGAAACUCAGUUAGGAGAACCAAAUUGGUUAAACGAAAGGAACCUAAACCUGGGCGAAGUUUGCAUAGAAUUACUGUCAAGAGUAAGGCAUUUGUUGCAAAUGAUACAUUUUCUGAGUUAUCCACUGUAGCAAAAAGUGUUGAUUCAGUUAGUUCUUUAAAUAAGGAUACGGUUUAUCAUGUUAACACGCAGCGAGGACCUGCCCUAAACAGUGUUAGUUCCACCUGCAGUAGUUCUGCAAUCAUUAGUGUCAGUUCAUCCAGUGAAAAAUCAGCAGACAGUUCUGUCACGCCUUCAGUAAAUGGAUCUAUUGCCAAGCCCACAUUGGCUGGUGGAGAGGUUUCAAAGUCUAAAGCAAAAUCUAUAGAUGAUGUCCACUUGCAUAACAAUGUAACAGUUAGUAGUGUCAGUACUGUAAGUUCUACUCAGGGUAACGUGGUUAUUUCUACAAAUUGUGGCAGCUUGAGUAAAGAAAUCUUUACUCCAGAUGUUGGUCCCCAGCAUAAUUGUUCAGUGGUUAGUGCUGCUCUCUCAUCACAGUGUAGCUCUGUGGAUACUGCUGUAACUUUGUCAGUUGCCUCAUCAGAAGUUAAUGUUAACUCUUCAUGCAGUGUGACAUUUUGUAGUGAAACUACUGAACAGAAUAAGGUGAGUAGCAGUUGUGUUUGCACCAGUAGAGAAGGCGGAUCAACAGAAUCAAGACCCAGUUUUACAGAGAGUUCCCCUCCGCUGAUCACUGUAAGCUCUGCCCAAAACAAUUCAAAAGGUAAAUCUCUUAAUUCAGACCUUUGUCAGCCUCCAUUACCAAGUAACGUAUCCACACCAUGUCAAACAUUAGGCAUCAGUGUUAAUUCAACAGAGGGUGGGCCAAUGGUUUCCAUCAUGGCAAAUCAGGCCAUUUCACAAACACAAGAUGAGUUUGCAAGAAGAGAAGAGUUGACUGACUCCUCUCAAAAUCAGACAUCAUUUAUUGUGCCCUCAACUCCUGGACAAGACACUUCUAUGUCAACACAACCUGUUCAUCUUCCAGAAACUUCUAGGUUAUCGGACACUUUCAAGUCCUUAAAACGACCAUCCACAAUAAAUAUGUCCAUGACAACCAGUGACCAAGGGAAUUGUGCAGAUUUCAAACUGCCUGAAUCAAAUAUGAACAUACAACCUGGCAAGGAUAGACAAUCUGAUGGUGCCCCAGAAAAGGGUGUGACAGAGAUAGGCGCUUUUGCUCAAAAAGAAACAGUUCCUCCACAACAAGUAUGUACAUUGGAAAAUGAUUCCUUUGAUCCUCCACUGGGAACCAAUAGACAGACUGAUUCGCCUCUUGCAGGAGGUUCAGGUGGAAGAGGGUUUUCUGUUGCAUCAUUGCUUCCAGCAGGCCACAACAUCAAUGCCUCUUCAAGUUCAUUUGGCGCAUUCACCUUCACUUCUGAGCAGGCAGAAAUAUUAGCAAUGGCUGCAAGAGCCAUAUUUGAACAGGACAGCCCAGGCAAGAGGGCUGCAGGAUGCAGUGUUGACAACCCAACAAAUACUUCUGUCACAGGGUGGGACCUUCCAAAAAUGCAGCCAGCCCCUUCUAACAAGGAUAGUGUGACUGACCAGCAGGUUAAACUAACAAAGCUGGCUGAUUUACCUGUGUCAGAAACUUCAUCUCAAGUCUCUGCUCGAGUUCCUCCAGUUGAGCCUUUAGGCAGCAGUACUACUGGUGUCAGACUUCCACAGAGCAUAGCUUACUCGCAGUCUCAGCCUAGUUCUGUCACCAGCCUUAAUGUUAAUAACCUCAUCAGACCAAGCUCUAACCAACUUUAUCCAGGAUCACCCAAUCUUGCACAGCAGGUUUCUGCUCCGUCGUCAGGAGUUGCUGCUGUUAUGGUGACUCAGUCUUCCUCACAAGUUCCCCCAACCUGUUCUGGUCCUGCUCAACCUAAUGAAUAUGCACCUUUAAAGAAUGCUAUGAUGCGAACCCAUGUUGGUAUUGGAAUGGUUGAACGUCAUCAGAAGGAUAUGCCAAAAAGGUCUUCCCAAGAUGACCUUAUUCUUCCAAAUAAGCGUUCAAAACUGUGUCCAGCAGGGAAUGUUGCAAGAGUGGACAUCAAGGCUCCAGAUCACGUGCAAAUGAUGGUUGGUCAGAUGCCCUCAAGUACUUCUGCAGUUAUGCCAAGAAAUCACUCUGAUGGUGUUGGGGCUCUGUUUUCUGGUAAUACUUUCAUGAGCACUGUGCUCCGCCCUACAGAAGGACACUGCUCUACUCAGGUGCCAACACAUGAUCAAACUCAGCCAAGUGUGGUUCACCUGCAUCAAGGACACACACAACAUAAUACAUCGCAAUCUGGGCUGAACUUAGGUGGAAACCCCUACCUCAAGCAUCAACAACAACAAGAACAAAGACACCUUUACCAGCUUCACCAUCACCUGACACAACCAGAAUCUCAGAUCCACAGUAUUCAUCAGAGGAACCUGCUGCAAGACCAGCACGUGCAAAAAAAGAGAGGAGUGGUGCGUGGUGGGCAGACCGGACCAAAUGUUGGUUUGCAGAAACCACAUCAUUUGGAAAAGAGUGGUGUGCAGCCUCCUCAGCAACACCAACAGCAACAGCAGCAUUCACAACAAUCCCAGCAACAUCAACAACAACAACAACAACAGCACCAUCAACAGCAGCAAUCACAGCAACAGCAGCAAAAAGCACAACAGAUUCAACAGCAGCAACAAUCACACCAACAGCAGCAGAUGCCACCACAGAAUUCCCAUUCACGUCAUCAGCAUCUUCAGCAGCAGAUUCAGCAGCAGCACUUUGGGGCUAGACAGGACAAAAACUGUGAGGCCCAACAGGCAGGUCAGAGGGCACAUCAAAACAAUCACUUGGGUCAGCCAGAACGUUCAUCUGGACAGGAUCAUGGGGCUGUGCAAAGACUAUUGGGGUCUCGUUCAAUGGAGCAGCAGCAGUUGACCUCUCAGGCUAAUAAUUCUGUUUCGCGUUCUUCGGAUCUUGCUUGCACUUCAUCACGUCAGGAGCGCCACCGUCUCUCUAGCUACUCAGCAGAGGCUCUGAUAGGCAAGACUUCUGCUACUGGUGAACAACGUAUGGGUGUGCACCUGCAAGCACCUCGAAGCAAUGCACAGGACCAGUCAGAAUUGCGAGGGUAUGUAGAUUCAUCACGUGGUAAAGGUAACAUUACUCAUAAUUCUCAGACCAGGAUACCACCUGACCAUGCUAAUAAUGCAAACGCCCAGAGAAUACCAGAUUGUGGACCUUUCAAGGCUCUGGUUAGUGGGCAUCAGCUAAAUAACUUUGAAGUGCAAGUGUCUCGAAGUGGUGAUAUGUCCAGCAAGUCUGUACCUCAAAUCCAGAGAGGUCCUCAGCCACAAACAGGAUUUAGAAUGAGUGCAGGGCCUACAGGGGAUGGGCGUUCACGUGGAACAUAUUCAGGUCCGCAUCCUGUUGCUCAAGGUGUGCACAUUGGAGCAGGAUUGACAAGAGAACAGGAGGGAUGUCACCAGAGCUUUAUGCAAAGCCUUUUGGCACCUCAUAUUCCUGAACAAAAUGGGCACCAAAGGGCAGCCCAGGGCUGUACCCCAGGGAGUAUAGAAUACAACUGUGUUCCUGGGACCUCUGCUGGAGAACUUCAGGCUAAAUCUUCUAGCCCUAGUUUGCACCCUGCACAGAAAGCUGCUCCCAUACGUCUAGGGGACAACAUCAAAGGCCAUAUUUCUCAGCUCAGCGCAAAUUUGCAUGGUCCACCUGUGAGAACAGGUCCACCCCAUCCCCCAACACCACACAGCAGUUCAGACACAGGACGUAAUCAAGGCUCAACCAGGUCACUCUCUGUUAGUCAACGCCCCCAUCAUAUUGGACCAGAUCCACAAAGCACAAAGAUUCGUCCAGGAGAUCGACCACGUUCAGGCAACUUGAGACCUGGAAAUCCUUUUGAACCAGAAAGUUCUUUGCCUCAUCCAUCAGGUGGAGGAGUGAUCCUUAGCCGUACACAAACAGGAAGUGAAGCUAGACGAAGUAACAUUGUGCGUUUCAUGGCAGAUGGUGCUCAGGUCAGUAGUGACAACAAUUUAGUGUCCGAUCGCUGUGCCGUGUCUGAUCUUACCCAGAACUUUGGCUUUUCUUUCAUUACUGAAGGAGGAAUGAACCCACCACCUCCCAUUAAUGCCAAUGCAUCUUUCAUCCCACCGGUCACGCAGCCCUGUGCCUCUCGCAACCCAGCCCUCCUUCCUGUGGAACCUCAGAACACUUUACCUUCAUUUUAUUCCUCAUAUUCCCCUGCGGCUCAUCCUAGCCUUCCAAGUGAGAUUCCUUUACAGUAUUUCUCAAACCAGAUGUUUUCAAGUCCAAGCACUGACAAGAGUGGCAGUGCACCACUGAACAACCGCUUUGGUUCUAUUCUUUCUCCCCCUCGACCUGUGGGUUUUGCACAGGCCAGCUUCCCACUUCUCACAGAUAUAACACCAAUGCCAAUUGGAAAUUCUUCAGGCAUCACACCUCAUUUAUCCAACUUUAACCUGACCUCAUUGUUCCCUGAAAUUGCCACAGCAAUGCCUCCUGAUGGCUCGUCUAUGCCAAUGUCUCCUUUAUUGUCUCUUGCCAACACUACUUCCUCAGAUUCAAAUAAACAGUCUAAUCGGCCAGCCCACAACAUCAGUCAUAUCCUGGGUCAUGAUGGGACUUCUGCUGUUUAAGGUUUUAUAGGGUUUUUCAUCCCUCACCACAUAAUUUUUUUGCCCUCACCACUGCAUUGGUUUUGUAGAGGAUGGCCAUGGUGUAAAGACUUUUUUAAUUCCUCAAAAGCAAAUAAAGCGUGGAAUGUUCUCAACUCCCAAGUCAGGAUAACUGUGGAACUAUGGGGGCAAAGUAAAAUAUUGCAUUAUGUCUGUUAGCCUUUGGUUGGUUAUUUUUGCUUUGUUUGUCUGCUGAUAGUUUGGGCUGUCAUGGUUCUACAUGAUGUAUAACUUGUUUUGUAUUUUUCUUAAGAACAGCUCACAUUGUUUAAUAGAAAAAGUAAUGUCUGUAUGUUCUUUUACUUUGUAGCAACAAUAAUGAAAUGUUAAAGCAAAUAAAAGGUUAUAAUUUUG